UGGAGUCAGCGGACAAUUGCAUCGCGCCAUUUCAAAACGACAGAUGUAGGUAUCAUCGCUUGUAAACAUCGUCCCGCUAUGGAAAUACUGAUGUAAAGUGGUAACAUGAUUAACCUAUGUCAGUCGGUAGCCCUGGUAUGCAACUUACAAGAGUGUCUGUCCUGUUCCUCCGGCCGAGUGUUAAAACCCAACGGACCAGUUGAAUAUGUUCCUCGACCCCCCCGCAUCAGGCUAUCAGCGCCAGGUCGCAUGCGUUAUCCCCCGUCCGUGAAGGUGGCUUGUGACCUGCUGAAGGUGCGACUAUGGAUUGAUGGAUUUAUGGAUAUUGGAUGAUCCUAUGGAGAUAAUUCUUGCCAGUUGUCAAGUCUGUUCUUCAAUCAACAAAAUGA